AUCCGGCUCUAGGGCUGGCGUAGACCUUCGACCCCCGGUCCCGCUUCUGUGCUGGCACCGGGGGACGAGGACCAACUGCCAAACCCCAGGACCCCCCCGGCCACGGGCACUAUCGGUGCCACCGAGGUGCUUUGCUGGAACCCAGUCAAGUGUGGAAAGCGCUGUCAGAUUUUCCACUGCCGGGCUCUGGAGAGCGUCUCCGGCGCGUCCCCGCUGAGCGGCUGCUGCUAUUUACGGCUCUGCUUGCUGCGAGCGCGCCCGGAGAACCCAGUUGUCACGACCUGCACAGCAAAUGGGGAGGUCACGGCUGCUCCCUUAACCCCAGCAUCACCCCAAAUGUAUAUAUAGAGCUGCGUGACACACACAUAAUGUACCAAGGUGGCUAUGGCAGGAUUUUCUCCAUCAUCAGUGACCCGCAGUGGGGCCUUGGGGACGCUGAGUGCUGCUGGAGGGAGGGGCUGAGCUGUGGGGUGUUUGGAAAGGGCUGUGGGGCAUUGAACAGGCUGCCCAGGGCAGUGCUGGAGUCACCAGCCCUGGAGGGUUGGACAGACGGACAUGAGGUUCUCAGGACAUGGGGCAGUGCCGGGGGUGGGGGAACAUUUGGACUCCGUGAUCUUGAGGGGCUUUUCCAACCAAAAUGAUCCUGUGGUUACAUGGUCCCUGAGGGGUGAGGAGGACACAAGGGUGCCCCAUGUCACCAAGGGCUCUGCUCCCGUUACCAGAAAGGGAACCUGAGGCACAGGCAAAGGCCACCGGGCUCUGCCAGGGAGGUGAUGCCAGCGCUGGGGUGCCUUUUGGGGUCUGAGUGUUGCAGCUUUGUACCCCCAGAACCUGGGGGUUUGGGGUGGCUUGGGUACACUGGUAUUUCUGCACAGGGGGCUGCUGUCCCCUGCACCAACCCACACCCCAGGCAGCUGCUGGCCCCAGAGCAGCCUUUGUCCUUGGAGCCCCCCCGAACAGAGCUGAGCCCCUCCCGCCCCGCCGGGCGCCCCUGUCUCUUUAAAAGGACUCCAGGCGUGGCUGUGGGACAGUCAGCCCAGCCCAGCCGGACGAGGGACCGGACAGCCCUGGACAGGCGCUGGCGCAUCGUGGACCGCAGCCUGCGCAGCGCGGCCAUGGGCGAGUGGGGAUUCCUGAGCUCGCUGCUGGACGCGGUGCAGGAGCACUCGCCCAUGGUGGGGCGGUUCUGGCUGGUGGUGAUGCUCCUGUUCCGCAUCCUGGUCCUGGCCACCGUGGGCAGCGACGUCUUCGAGGACGAGCAGGAGGAAUUCGUCUGCAACACCCAGCAGCCGGGCUGCAAACCCGUCUGCUACGACGCCGCCUUCCCCAUCUCCCACUACCGCUUCCUCGUCUUCCACGUCGUCGUGCUCUCGGCUCCCGCCGCUCUCUUUGUCAUCUUCGCCGUGCACCAGGCGGCCAAACCGGAGCACGGGGGAGCCCAGGGCCAGCGCGCCCGCCGCCUCCAGCCCUUCUACGUGGGCAGCGUGGUGGCGCGCAUCGCGGCUGAGCUGGGCUUCUUGCUGGGGCAGGCGCUGCUCUACGGUUUCAGGGUGCAGCCGCUCUUCGUGUGCCGCCGCCGGCCCUGCCCGCACCGCGUUGACUGCUUCGUUUCCCGCCCCACCGAGAAAACCGUCUUCAUCCACUUCUACUUCGUGGUGGGGCUGGUGUCGGCGCUGCUCAGCCUGGCCGAGCUCGCCCACCUCCUGCACAAGGGUCCCCCCGCGGCGCGGGGCAGCGGGUGCUGCCACCGGCCGCAGGAGCGGGGACCGGCCCCGGGGCAGCCAGCGGGGGCCGCGGAGGAGCCGUGUCACCCCAAGGCCGUCCCAGCGCGGGGGGACCUGACGGUGUAGCCAUCGCUGUGGCCGUUGUCACCGCGCGGUGCCGCGGUUCCUGUUGUGGGCGGCGGAUGCGCCUCACCCGGCAGCUGCUGGAAAAAAACACGGACAAACGGAAAACAAGCAGGUCCCAUCCCUGACCCCGCGCUGUCCCCCCAGCCAGCACGGGGUGGGGGGGCAGAGCUGCCCCCAGACCUGGGGAUGCCACCAAUUCAUCAGGGCUCUGGGGUAGGGGGAUGCGGCCACAGCAUCCAGGCUGGGGAGGGCAGAGCUUUGGGGGUGCUGGGGGAACCCCAACCCAGCCUUUGGGGAUGGUAGAGACAGCGACAACACGUGGGGGCCUCCCUGCAGCAAAGCCCCCCUGCCUCAUGCCUUGAGGUGCCCCCCCGGGUGUCCCCACAGCAAGAACAAGCCGGGCGCUAGAAUAAAUAAACUUUAUUCUGGAGCCAGCCCCCCCGUCCCCCCGUCCUCCCCGUGCCCGCCGGGCCGGGCCCCCCAACCCCCUUCCUGCAGGCGCGAGGCCGGGGCCGAAAUCACCGCGCGUCCCCGCAGCCCCCGCCCCGGCGGGGGGGCCAGGGCAGGGCCUGCCCAGCCCCCCGACUCUAAAACCACUAAAAUCUCAACA